GCACCUUUUUCGGCUCUAGCAGCCGAUGCUCUUCGGAGCUGCUCUCUGCAGAGCCAGAGGGUGGGUCGGAUUCGCCGAGUGUGCGUGAGGAUGGAUCGCAGAUCCCGAGCUCAGCAAGGGCGCCGAGCUCGCCACAGUUACAACGAUCUGUGCCCACCCCUAGGCCGCCGGGCAGCCACCGCACUCCUCUGGCUCUCCUGCUCCAUCGCGCUCCUUCGCGCCCUCGCCACCUCCAGCGCCCGCGCCCAGCAGCGCGCGGCUGCCCAGCGCCGGAGCUUCCUUAACGCCCACCACCGCUCCGCCGCCCAGGUAUUCCCCGAGCCCCCCGAAUCCGACCACGAGCACGAGGAGAUAGACCUCGAGCUCUCCCUCCCCGAGUGCCUGGAGUACGAGGAAGAGUUCGACUACGAAUCCGAGACCGAGACCGAGUCUGAAAUCGAGUCGGAGACCGACUUCCAGACCGAGCCUGAGACCGCCCCCACCACUGAGCCCGAGACCGAGCCCGAGGACGAGCGCGGCCCCGUGGUGCCCAAGCGCCGCACCUUCGAGCAGUCUCUCACUGAGCGUCUCAACGCCUUGAGGUUGCAGAGCCCCGACGCCUCCCCGAGUCGCGCGCAGCCCAGCACUCGGGAGCCUGAGAGCCCCAGACAAGGGGAGGAGCCCGAGCCCGAGGACAAGGAUCCGAGGGACCCCGAGGAGUCUGAGCAGCCAAAGGAGGAGAAGCAGCGGCGGCGCCGCUGCAAGCCGAAGAAGCCCACCCGCCGCGACCCAUCUCCGGAGUCUCCUUCCAAAAGGGGACCCAUCCCCAUCCGGCGUCACUAA